AUGCCUUCCCGACAUUCCUACGUCGCAAGUUCACCCUUGGCCCCUCUAUCCGAGAUCAUCAAGCUCGAACCGGAGAAAGAGCCAUGGUGUGCCGGUUACGCUCCUUCACAGGGCCGUCGCUGCCACGCCCGCACAAAUGCACGCGGUCGCAGCUCAGCAAUGAUGCUUCUCAACGAGGGUACCAAAGACCUUCGAGCCGGUCGCAGCAUCGAUACACUGCUAGAAGAUCUAGCUCCUCAUGUGCUAUGCACAAGAUUCCAUCAAAGCCAAGCUUCGGAUCUUUCCUGUCGUUGGAAAAGACAAGUCCGUACAUACCUCGAUUCGCGGGUCGCUUCGACACGAUCUGCAAGGCCGAUGAGGCUAUCAUCCCGAAGUAUCUAUCGGGAGACUGCUGAAGACGACAUUGAGGAGAGAACUGCCCUUCUCUACCAAAGACUUCAUGAUAUUACGGAAGAGGUCAGGCGCCUCGAGGUCGCUCAAUAUUCCUUAUCAAUUACUGCAAACCGUCCUAUCCAUCGCGAGGGUAGAAACACAAGCGUAGGCGUCAGUUCCAGCAGCGCGGGAAGCGUAUCGAGCAGAAAUACACCUCCACCAAAUCUCAUUGAUAGAACAGUGAGAAGUCGCUCAACAGAAUCUCCCAAUCAGUCAGCAAUCACUGUACCUCGACCAGCGCAAGCUCAAGUCAGUCAUCAAACAAGGGCGGUUUCUGUUUCGAGCCCAAGACCAUCGACCCCGCCAACUGUGGUUCGCGUCUCCAGCAGCACCAGGAAUCAGGACAGCCAGGAUGUAACACCACAGGCCAAUCGCCGCGAGGUUGAAGGAGAAUGUGGGAUCUGUUUGUGCAAUUUGCAAAUUUCACAACAAGAUGUGGACACGGAUGAGGAAGAGGAGAGCGAGUCCAAUGACGACGACGACGACGACGACGAAGAAGAAGACGAGGAAGAGGAUGAUGAUAAUGAUGAUGAUGAUGAUGAUGAGCAAAUUGAAGCCGAAGAUAAGGAGGAACACCAAGAUGAAGAAUUGGUAUGGUGCAAGGCACGCUGUGGAGUCAACUUCCACAAACAAUGCAUCGAUCGAUGGCUAGAAACAGCCCUUGCUCCCACAUGCCCAGCAUGUAGAAGCUAUUGGAAACACUGA